AUGUCGGAAGAGAAGCCCAAGGAGGGAGUGAAGACAGAGAAUGACCACAUCAACCUGAAAGUGGCGGGACAGGAUGGCUCAGUGGUGCAGUUCAAGAUCAAGAGGCACACACCACUGAGCAAGCUGAUAAAGACCUACUGCGAGAGGCAGGGCUUGUCAAUGAGGCAGUUUCGAUUCCAGUUAGAUGGACAACCAAUCAAUGAAACAGACACGCCAGCCCAGCUGGAGAUGGAGGAUGAGGACACCAUUGGCGUAUUCCAGCAGCAGACUGGAGGAAUAGCUUCCCGAGGGACCAUCCCCACACCCGAUCAUUGCCUUGACAUCUGCUAUUGA